UGAGUGAGAGGUAGGAGUAGGAGACGGGUUGGCACUCCCAACCAACCAAACCGCAAAACGUAUUCCACAUUCCACCUGCAAACCAAUCAAUACUUCAUCUUCCCCGAUUUUCCAUUACAGAUCACACCCCCAAACCCUAAUUCACUACAUCUACAUCAUGAUCACCAUAAUCAGCUACUCUCAACUCUGAAUCCUCUGCUCUCAUUUCGCCCUAAAACCACCGCCAUCAAUGGCGGACCUAAGAUCCGGCCCACGUAACCUCUCCUUCGACGUCCUCGCACGCCUCGACUCGUUUCUCGACGACGCCGGAGCCUCCGUUCUCCGAUCAGAUUCCGGCCAGUCUCAUCGGAGAAAACGGAGACACAAAAAGAAGAAGAAGAAGGUUAACGAUGAACAUGAACUCGAUUUGGAUUUGAAUUUGAAUUUGAUUAGUAGCUCGAAUUCUAAUGCUUUUGUUAUUAAUAGUAAUAUUAUUAAUAAUAAUAUUGAUAGGAAUAUGAGUAUUGAUAGGAGUGUUAGUAGGAAUUGUGGAAGUGUGGUGGUGUAUGAGGAGGCGGUGAUGCCGAUGGAGGAGAAACGAGUGUAUCCGGUGAGUAGUAGUUCGGUUAGGGAGAGUCAGGAGUUGAGGCAGAGGAGUAGUGUUAGUAGUUAUGGGGAGGAGGGGAUGAUGCCGAUGUGUAGGAUCGAGGAGAAUGUGAAGGAGGUGGAUGAGAGUAGUAGGGCUGGUAGCAGGGCAGGGAGUGUGUCGGGAAAGGAGUUUGAUACAGAAUUGAUGAUGAAACAGACGGCGGAGAUGAAUGUGAAUGUGAAUGUGAAUGGGCAUCGUGGGUGUAGAAUGCUGGAGAAGGAUAAAUCGUUGGAUUGGAAGCAAGUGAUGGCGGAUAAAGAUCCUAACUACAACUAUCUGUUGGAGAGCUCGCCAAUUAAAUACUUUGUGGAAGAAAUGCAUGGUGGAAACUCGUUACGGACAACAACCACCCUAGCCAAUGAGAAAGAGCGUGAAAGAGUGUACGAUACUAUUUUCCGCAUGCCAUGGCGUUGUGAAUUGGUCAUAGAUGUUGGCUUCUUUGUCUGCUUGGAUUCGUUCCUCUCACUGUUAACGGUUAUGCCAAUUAGGCUCGUCACUACAUGUUGGAGGCUUCUAAAAACAAGGCAAUUCAAGAUGCUUUCAGCAGCGGAACUAUCUGACUUUGGCUGUUUUCUUAUGUUGGCUUUUGGAGUUACUUUAUUACAACAAACAGAUAUCAGCCUCAUUUAUCACAUGAUUCGAGGUCAAGGAACGAUCAAGCUCUAUGUCGUGUACAAUGUAUUGGAGAUAUUUGAUAAAUUAUGCCAAAAUUUUGGUGGAGAUGUAUUGCAAACACUAUUUAAUACUGCCGACGGUUUAGCAAACAGUUCAUCCGAACAGAUGAGAUACUGGCAAUUGCGGUUCAUCUGUGAUGAAGUUUUAGCCGUGGCUUCGUCAAUCAUUCAUUCGUUCAUCUUAUUAGCCCAGGCCAUAACUCUGUCGACUUGUAUAGUUGCCCACAACAACGCAUUGUUUGCUUUGUUGGUCUCAAACAAUUUUUCGGAGAUAAAAAGUAACGUUUUUAAACGUUUCAGCAAGGAUAACAUACAGAGUCUGGUAUAUUAUGAUUCAGUGGAGCGGUUCCAUAUUGCAUCCUUUUUAAUUUUUGUCUUGGCUCAGAAUAUUCUGGAAGCUGAAGGUCCGUGGUUUGAGAAUUUUCUUUAUAAUGCUCUUGUGGUAUACAUAUGUGAAUUGAUGAUUGAUAUAAUUAAACAUUCUUUCAUUGCUAAAUUCAAUGAAAUAAAGCCCGUCGUAUAUUCUGAGUUUCUUGAAGACCUUUGCAAACAGACUUUAAACAUCGAGGCAGAGAAUCCGAAGAAAAACCUUACCUUUGUUCCUUUGGCGCCAGCUUCCGUGGUGAUUCGAGUAUUGAGUCCGGUUUAUGCUGCACAUCUUCCCUCUGGGCCCGCUCUUUGGAGACUUUUGUGGAUAUUAAUAUUGGCGGUCACGAGUUUCGUGAUGCUCACAACACUUAAAGUGAUGAUCGGUAUGGGUCUUCGUAAACACGCUACUUGGUAUAUUAAAAGGUGCCAAAGGAGGAAACUUCACUCGGAUUAGGAGUCACCAGACCAGGUACAUAACUUUUACAUGGAGUCGGCCUCAACCUCAAGAUUCAAGACUACAUAUGUAAACUGCAUCAUCUGAAAAUGUCCACCGAUGGAGCAUUCGGCUGCGCACGAGUGUUCGGUUUUCAAUAAGUAUGAGGCCGUUACCGUUACCGUAUACAUACAAAGUAUACAUCACUUCUGCCCUUUUUUCCCAAACGUUACUAAAUUAUGGUAGUUGGUGAUUAUUAAAUCUCAAUUUUGGUUUUUUGAAGGAAAAAAGCUUAUAUUUGCCCCCAUUUAUGCCUAUCAUCUACAUCAGGUUACAACCUAUCUAUAAUCGUUAGUUUGUAAAGUUGGUUUCAGUUAUCUUUAUAUCUUUAUGGAUAAAAUAUCUAGUCUAAUAAGAACCGAUUCUAGUU